AUGGCCGCGUGUGGUCAGUACUACCGAGGCGGCAGCUCCACACGCCAGGGGUUCCUAAAGGCCGGCGGCCUCGCUGCUGCCGGGGUGAUCGCCGCCAUGGGAGCUGUACCUGGGACGAUCGUGGAGGGUCGGGGGAGGGCUCUUGAAACAGCGGAGGCAGCAAUAGGAGUGGACGAACCAGCGGUAUUUCAGAAGGAGGCAAGUCCGAACUUGGAGCUUACCUCGGGGUCGAGAAUCAACAGCGUGACCAAUAGCCAACAGACGAGGGUUUUGUCUUACGUGAGGGAGGCGUUGCCCGGAUGGAGAACCCUCCCUGACGGCGACAUCCAGCUGAAACAGAUCACCGGAGGUAUCACGAAUGUGAUCUUCAAGGCUCGAAACGCCGCCACCGGGGAGGGAGCCCUUGUGCGCGUCUACGGCAAGGACACCGACCUGUUGCUGGAUCGGCGAAAGGAGGCCGCGGUGUUUUCGGAGCUGUCUACCCUCGGAUUCGGGCCUCGAAAGCUUGGAGAGUUCAAGGGUGGAAGGAUUGAGGAGCUGCUGGACGCUCGGGCGGCCACCCCGGAGGAGCUGCUGCAGACCUCCCCCUUCGACGUGCCUCAGGCCAUCGCGGUUCAGCUGGCGAGCCUCCACGGGCAGCGAGUCCGUUCCAGCGCCGGUUCGCCCGACAGGCCCGUCAUGUGGAUUAGCAUCGACAAGUGGUUGAAAACCGCCACUCGCUUGGACUCCACGAAGAGUUUUCCGCUGGCCAAGGUAGCUCAGGAGGUGGUGUGGCUCAAACGGAAUCUUCCCGGCCCUGCCGCCGUCGCGGAAGGCACACCAGGGUCCCCUGACCAGGCUACGGCUGAGAUAGCAAACGGCGUCGUCUUCGCGCACAACGAUCUGCUGUCGGGCAACGUUCUCGUUGGUCCCCGGGGUGCGAAGGAGAUCUCCACUCUCCGACUGAUUGACUUCGAGUACUCCGACUACAAUCCUUGCGGGUACGACAUCGCUAACCACUUCUGCGAGUGCGCCGGCUUCGAUGCCGAUUUCCGGAGGCGUUAUCCUUCCGACAAGCAGCGGCAAGCAUUCCUUAGGGCCUACGUGGAGGCGGCAAGACCUGGGGCUCUUCAAAAGGCGUUGUCUGCCGACAACGUCAUUAGUGAGCUCGCGAGGCUCGUCAACCGGUACACGUUGGCCAGCCACCUCACGUGGGCCCUGUGGGCAGUGAUCCAGGCAAACACUUCGGAGAUAGAGGACUUCGAUUUCGCGGGCUACGCCACGAAGCGGUUGGACGGUUACGCUUUUCACAAGGGGGAGUUCUACGCGUGAUGCCACGAUCUCUGCCUCGUCUUGGAGAGGGCGAUGCCGUUAGAAUCGUGGAAAUAUUCGGCGCACGUUUUUCUGUUUUGAUGUUUACGGUCCUCCACGGUAGCUACUCGGCUUCCAGACGCCAUAAACGCUCAAUCCGUUGGUGUUUCAUGGGUAUUGGCUCCGUGAGUUUGUGUAGAACACUAGAGACCGCCAGUGGCAACGAAACAUCAGAGAUUGCAAAUGCGGCAACGGCGAAGUAGAGGCUAGGACAACUAGGGGAAUCCGAAAAGAGAGACGGGAGUGAGUGUUGAGCCAGAUGUACAUCGCCACGAUUCGACUGCCGCUGCCAAGCAGCUUGAGACGUCUGUCUCCCGCGCCCGGCUCGCGGAGGGAAAUGUGUGAAUGUUGGGGGUGUACCUUGCUACGUUGGAAGAAAGGAGUAUACGUUUUGCUCUCGGCAACCCCUCGCCAAAUAGAGCGCCGGCGGCUCCGGUACACCAAACGGUUCUCCUGUGUGAUUUUGAGUCAGGAGCGCAUGCUGGUAGACUUAAAGCUGCUAGCUUUGUUUUUUUCUCGUGUGGUGUUUGGGCUAUCAAACUGGUAGCAAGUGUGUACCAUAUUGGGAAAGUGUGGUACCAUAUUGGGCGCAGUGGCGGCCGGGGAGACCUUCGGGCGGUACAUGACGUGAACGCCACGCUGUCUGCAUCCCUUGGUGGUACGACGCACGUAGCUUUUCGCAAUGUGUGUGCGGAUGUUGGAGAGGCAUUGAUGGUUUUUUUCUUGGUUGCUUUGGUGGAACAGUUUGUUACCACUUGCUGGGGAUGCUCCCGCUGGACUGACAUACUACAAGCAAAAGGAAAGGUCGCUGCGUACGUACGUGAAAGUUUGCGGAGGGAAUGUUUUGUGAGCUCUUGCCUGGUCUUGUCUGGUUUUAUUAUUUUCGUUGCAAUGCGUCCGUCGUUUUCGGCCAUGGCAAACCCACG